UUCCAAGGCUACAUCCCCGAGCUAGAAAAACUUCGUCGCGCCAAUCAAGAGGCAAAUUUGCGUAUUGCUGCUCUCGUCAAGCUGGUUCAAGGCGAGGAAGAGCACUUGACCGAGCAAGACAAGUCAGCGGUCAGUGUGCUCCUUUAA